UCUAACAGUAGUCUAUGGUUACCAAUCGCAAAAAAAGAAUCCCUUACUGAAGGAUUUACAAAAGUGUGCAGUGUUUUUAAAAAUAUUUUAUAAAAUAAAGCAGUAUGAACAGUAUCAGAAUCAUGCACAGAAUCCCUUUCCGACAGUGGCGAUCUAUAUCACGAUGUGCUUCAUUACAACAAGAAGUCACAGAGGCAAUUUCACCUUUAACCAUUCCACCUCCAGACGGUGUAGAUAAACCAGUGUCCGCAAAAAUUGAGAAAAUUGUCUCGGAAAUCACAAACCUUAGUUUACUCGAAGUAUCAGAGUUGAGUCAGGUUUUGAAGAAAAGGUUGAACUUGCCUGAUGCUCCUGUUAUGCCGAUGGGAGGUUUCGCUAUGGCUGCACCAGCUACUGAAGAGGAAGAAGCUGCCCCUAAGGCUGUAAAGACUAGUUUUACGGUAAAAUUGACCAAAUUUGAUGAGAAACAAAAAGUAGCACUAAUUAAAGAGGUGAAGGGUCUAUUGGAAGGUUUCAAUUUAGUGCAGGCCAAGAAGUUUGUGGAGAGUGCACCGACAGUUGUAAAGGCUGACAUUUCUAAGGAUGAAGCUGAGAAAUUAAAGGAGGCACUCACUAAAGUGGGAGCAGAAAUAGAAAUAGAUUAGAUUUAUAUAUAAUAGUUUGGUAAUUAGUUAAGUAGUGAAUAAAAU